AUGUCUCGUCAGUCUGUCUGCAUGAGCUUUGGAGUCGGGGGAAGAAAGGGAUUCAGCUCCUGCUCUGCUGUUGGUGGUGGAUUUGGAGGCGGUGGUGGCCGGAGCAAGAUCAGCUACAGCUCGUACUCCUCAUCCCGGGGAGGAAGUGGAGGAGGACACUGUGGGGGGUUCAGCAGCCGGAGCCUCCAUAGCAUGGGGGGCAGCAGAAGGAUUGCCAUGGGCGGAUGUUAUGGUGGCGGUGGAUACGGUGGCAGGAUGGGUGGCUUUGGUGGAGGAAUGAGCUGUGGAGGGAUGGGUGGUGGUGGAAUGGGCGGUGGAGGAAUGGGAAUGGGUGGCUUUGGUGGUGGAAUGGGUGGUGGGGCAGGAAUGGGUGGCUUUGGUGGUGGAAUGGGCAGUGGGGGAAUGGGCGGAAUGGGUGGCUUUGGUGGUCCAGGCUUCCCUGGAGGCAUCCAGCCGGUGCAAGUUGACCCCAGCCUCCUGCGUCCGGUCCACGUUGAGAUCGACCCCCAGAUCCAGCAAGUCAAAAACCAGGAAAAGGAGCAGAUCAAGACCCUGAACAACCAGUUUGCCUCCUUCAUUGACAAGGUCCGAUUCCUGGAGCAGCAGAACAAGGUGCUCUCCACCAAGUGGGAGCUGCUCCAGCAGCAAGGGCCGUCAGGGCCCAGGAAGAACCUGGAUGUGAUCUUUGAGAACUACAUCCAGAACCUGCGGAGGCAGCUGGAAUCAAUCCUGGCACAGCGGGGCCAGCUGGAAUCGGAGCUGCAGAACAUGAGGCAGUACGUGGAGGAGUUCAAAACCAAGUAUGAGGAGGAGAUCAACCGUCGCACGGCUGCUGAGAACGAGUUUGUGGUGCUGAAGAAGGAUGUGGACAGUGCCUACAUGACCAAAGUUGAGCUGGAAGCCAGGGUGGGAGCUCUGACAGAUGAAAUCAACUUCCUGAGGGUCAUCUACGAGGAGGAGCUGUCCCAGAUGCAGACGAUCAGUCGGGAUCUGUCCGUGGUGGUGUCCAUGGACAACAACCGGCACCUGGACCUGGACAGCAUCAUCGAGGAGGUCCGGCGCCAGUAUGAGCAGAUUGCCCAGAGCAGCCGGGCUGAGGCCGAGGCCUGGUACCAGAGCCGGUAUGAAGAGCUCCAGAACACUGCUGGAAAACACGGGGACAGCCUCCGCAACACCAAGAUGGAGAUCCAGGAGUUGACCAGGAAUGUCCAGAGGCUGCGGGCUGAGAUUGAGAACGUGAAGAAGCAGAACCAGCAGCUUCAGGCAGCCAUCGCUGAGGCUGAGGAGAGAGGGGAGAUGGCCAUCAAGGAUGCCAGGAGGAAGCUGGAAGAGCUGGAAUGUGCCCUGAACAAGGACAAGGAGGAGCUGGCUCGCCUGCUGAAGGAGUACCAGGAACUGCUGAACACCAAAAUUGCACUGGAUGUUGAGAUUGCCAUGUACAGGAAGCUGCUGGAGGGAGAGGAGAACAGGCUGUGCAAUGACAGCAUGUCCAACGUCAAUGUCUCUGUGGUAGGCAGGACGACUGUCUCUGGAGGCAGAGGAGGCAUGGGAGGAGGAUUCGGAGGCAGCGGCAUGGGAGGAGGAUUCGGAGGCGGCAGCUGUGGAAUGGGAGGAGGAUUCGGAGGCGGCAGCGGCAUGGGAGGAGGAAUGGGAGGAGGAAUGGGAGGAGGCGGCAUCUGCGGAGGAGGCAGCAGCUUUGGAGGAGGCAGCAUGGGUGGCAGCUGUGGGAUGGGGGGAGGAAUGUACUCUGGUGGCUUCUCCUCUGGAAGCGGAAGGAUGUGCGGCUCUGGCGGGGGAUCCUCCUCCGUGCGGAGAUGCGUCACCACCACCUCGGUCAAAUCUUCGGGAGAGGGUUUGGGAGGGGAGUCCAGAGUGUUUGAUCUGUGGUCUCUCCACCACCUGGAGAGAUCAAAGAGACAGAAAAUGCUGCCAGUGGUGGUUCAGGAGUCCCACAACAGCCUCUGGGAGUUGCUGAUGUUCCUAGAGUGGGACAGGAAGCUGCAGACCGAGGAAGAGGUCCAGGAAAGGCACUCCUUGCGCAAGAGAUCUGAGAGCAUGGCUGGAGCCCAGCUGCCUGGCGAGUUUUACCUGGAGGAGACUCGGGUGACUCCAGGAGAAGCAGUCAUGUCUCGUCAAUCUGUCUGCAGAAGCUUCGGAGUUGGGAGCAAAAGGGGAUUCAGCUCCUGCUCUGCUGUUGGUGGUGGCUUUGGAGGUGGCGGCCGGAGCAGGAUCAGCUACAGCUCGUUCUCCACAUCCAGGGGGAUUGGAGGUGGCAGCGGACGCUGUGCAGGAUUCAGCAGCCGGAGCCUCCACAACUUGGGUGGCAGCACAAGGAUUUCCAUGGGCAGCUCUUACGGCAGUGGCUACGGAUGUAGAAUUGGUGGCUUUGGUGGAGGAUUUCCAGGAGGAUUCGGUGGCAUUGGAGGAGGUGUCAUUGGUGGAGGAAUGGGUGGCUUUUGUGGCCCCAUCAGAGGUGGCCCCGGGUUCCCUGGAGGCAUCCAGCCAGUGCAGGUGGACCCAACCCUCCUGCGGCCGGUCCACGUUGACAUUGACCCUCAGAUCCAGCAAGUGAAGUGCCAGGAGAAGGAGCAGAUCAAGACCCUGAACAACCAGUUUGCCUCCUUCAUUGACAAGGUCCGAUUCCUGGAGCAGCAGAACAAGGUGCUCUCCACCAAGUGGGAGCUGCUCCAGCAGCAAGGGCCGUCAGGGCCCAGGAAGAACCUGGAUGUGAUCUUUGAGAACUACAUCCAGAACCUGCGGAGGAGGCUGGACUCUCUGCUGGGGCAGCGGGGCCAGCUGGAAUCGGAGCUGCAGAACAUGAGGCAGUACGUGGAGGAGUUCAAAACCAAGUAUGAGGAGGAGAUCAACCGUCGCACAGCUGCUGAGAAUGAGUUUGUGGUGCUGAAGAAGGAUGUGGACUGUGCCUACAUGACCAAAGUUGAGCUGGAAGCCAAGGUGGGAGCUCUGACAGACGAAAUCAACUUCCUGAGGUGCAUCUACGAGGAGGAGCUGGCUCAGAUGCAGACGAUCAGCCGGGAUCUGUCCGUGGUGGUGUCCAUGGACAACAACCGGCACCUGGACCUGGACAGCAUCAUCGAGGAGGUCCGGCGCCAGUACGAGCAGAUCGCUCAGAACAGCCGGGCUGAGGCCGAGGCCUGGUACCAGAGCCGGUAUGAAGAGCUCCAGAGCACGGCCGGCCGGCAUGGGGACAACCUCCGCAACACCAAGAUUGAGAUCCAGGAGCUGUCCAGGAAUGUCCAGAGGCUGCGGACAGAGAUUGAGAAUGUGAAGAAACAGAACCAUCAUCUGCAGUCAGCCAUUGCUGAGGCUGAAGAGAGGGGGGAGAUGGCCACCAAGGAUGCCAGGAGGAAGCUGGAAGAGCUGGAAUGUGCUCUGAGCAAGGACAAGGAGGAGCUGGCUCGCCUGCUGAAGGAGUACCAGGAGCUGCUGAACAUCAAGAUCGCACUGGAUGUUGAGAUUGCCAUGUACAGGAAGCUGCUGGAGGGAGAGGAGAACAGGCUCUGCUUAGAGAACCCCUCCAACGUGAAUGUCUCUGUGGUGGGCAGAACCACCGUGUGCGGAGGCAGAUCUGGCAGCUUUGGAGCCAGCAAUGGCCUGAGUGCAGGAGGAGUGUGCACGGUUGGUGGCGGAAACAUCAUUGGCGGCAGUUGUGGUGUGGGAGGAGGGAUCCUCAGUGGAGGCUUCUCCUCCGGGAGCGGGAGGAUGUGCAGCACUGCAGGUGGCAGCUUCAUGGCCGGGGGAGGCUCCUCCUCUGUGCGGAGAUGCGUCACCACCACGACGGUCAAAUCCUCCGGGGUCAAAUACUGA